AUGGCUUCCGACAUAGUGACCAGAGAGCUGAAGAAGCCCAUCAACCUGGUGGAAUACCUUUACCGUCGUUUGUACGAGGUUGGAAUUCGCUCAGUCCAUGGGCUACCUGGUGAUUAUAACCUCCAAGCUUUAGAUUAUUUGCCCAAAUGUGGUUUGUCGUGGGUGGGAAACUGCAAUGAACUUAAUGCCGGCUACGCGGCCGAUGGCUAUGCUCGCAUCAAGGGAAUUUCGGCCAUGAUCACAACGUUUGGCGUCGGAGAGCUUUCAGCAGUCAAUGCGAUGGCCGGAGCAUACUCGGAAUUCGUUCCCCUAAUUCAUAUUGUCGGACAGCCCCAUACUGCGUCUCAAAAGGACGGCAUGCUUUUGCAUCACACCCUAGGAAAUGGAGACUACAGUGUGUUUGCCGACAUUGGUGCAAAAGUCUCCUGUGCGAUCGCGCGUUUGAAUGAUCCUGUCGAUGCUCCUACGUUGAUCGAUAAUGCUAUCCGAGAAUGCUGGGUCCAGAGUAGGCCGGUUUACAUUACUCUUCCCACAGACAUGGUAUUACAAAAAGUUGAGGGCCAACGACUCGAGACUCCAAUUGACCUCAGCAGAAAGCCUAAUGACCCGGAGAAAGAGGAGUAUGUGGUGAACUUAGUCCUGAGAUUGCUACAUGAGGCCAAGAACCCUGUCAUUCUCGUCGAUGCUUGUGCUAUCCGCCAUCGUGUGCUUCCAGAAGUCCAUGACCUUGUCACAAAAUCUGGCCUGCCUACUUUUGUCGCCCCAAUGGGUAAAGGCGCGGUCGACGAGACUCAUCCAAAUUAUGGAGGAGUUUAUGCAGGUGAUGGAUCUAAUGCCGGCGUGCGUGAAAGAGUGGAAGAGUCCGACCUCAUCCUCAGUAUUGGUGCUAUCAAGUCCGACUUCAAUACAGCGGGUUUCACUUAUCGCAUCGGCCAGCUCAAGACCAUUGACUUUCACAGUAAUCUUGUGAAAGUUCGCUAUUCAGAAUAUCCCGACAUCAACAUGAAAGGUGUCCUGCGAAAGGUGAUAGAGCGAAUGGGAAAACUGAAGGUCGGCAAGAUCCCACCUAUCUCCAACAAGCUCCCCAAACAGGAAUUAGAUUCGACCAAUCAAACUAUUACGCACGCAUGGCUGUGGCCCACCGUUGGCCAAUGGCUUCGGGAGAAUGACAUCUUUAUCACGGAGACUGGAACUGCGAACUUUGGUGCCUGGGAGACUCGGUUCCCCAAAGGCGUGGUUGCUAUCAAUCAGAUACUGUGGGGAUCCAUAGGGUAUUCUGUGGGUGCUUGCCAUGGUGCAGCAUUGGCUGCAGAAGAGCUCAAUCGUAAUCAGCGAACGGUGCUCUUUGUUGGUGAUGGAAGCUUCCAGCUCACUGCGCAAGAAGUGAGCACAAUGCUAAGAAAGAAACUCAAACCUAUCAUUUUCGUGAUCUGCAACGACGGUUAUACCAUCGAGAGAUACAUUCACGGUUGGGAUGAAUCUUACAACGAUAUUCAGCCAUGGAAACUUGUUGACAUCCCUCCGACUUUCGGCGGACAGCCGGGACAGUAUCAGACACACCAGAUCAAAACACGAAAAGAAUUGUUAGCUUUGUUUGCCAACGAGGAUUUCUCUUCCAACAAAUGCUUGCAGUUCGUGGAACUAUACGUGCCUCGAGAUGAUGCCCCAGCAUCACUCAAAUCAACAACUGCUGCCGCGGAAAAAAGAAACUCAACGUAA